AUUACAUUACGUAUUUGUUGCCCAACUGCUAUGUCAUCAGAUACAAACUAGACAACUUAGGGGUUAAUACUCUAUUAAUAGAUCGACUUUUCUAGUUGCGCAGUUUGGUUGCUUUUUAUUUUGUAUAUAUUUUGAUUGUCAUAGUAUUAGAACUGCAAGGUUGAUUGUUAUAUGAUUAGAGUUGUAAGCCUCGGUUGUCAUGACACCAUCUAUUUUAUAAAACUUGUAUUUUGUCCCUCCUGAUGUUUCCAUGGACGGAAUUUCACAGUCUCUUCAGGCUUCCUGGUUAGUCCAAAAGAGACAAGAAGCCGGCCAUGCUUUUCAAGAAGACGGCCAUGCUUUUCAAGAAGACGGCCAUGCUUUUCAAGAAGCCGGCCAUGCUUUUCAAGAAGACGGCCAGCAGAAAGGGGUCGGCAGAUGCUGGCAACUUUUACUGGUAUCCGCUGUGUGUGGUAUAGAGAUGUGCCUUUCCUUUGAGCAGAUUUAUGCUGUUUUAAUACUCCAGUAUCUGGGCGUGCCUGUCAACCUUGUGUCCAUUAAUGGCGUGGUCUGCGGUGGCAUCAGCAUGGUCCUGUUACCUAUCCUGGGGGUCCUUGCUGAUAAGGGUUCAAAUCCUAAGAUGAAGAAGACAGCCACACUGAUUGUUGGUAUGUUCACAUUUUUAUCUGGUCUGUCCAUUUUGGCCUUUUGCGGCAUCAUCAAAAUGGACAAGCUUCAUGCUGAACUCACCAACGUGAACUCGUCUAAAAUAUCCAACGAUUACAACUCCACCAUCUCUGUAUUCGACUACAACUCCACAGCAAAUGAUUCCAUGACUCCAGAUGUAAAUGACAACGAUUACUCCAGUCUUCCUUUAACGGCAUUUCUGUCCAUCACAGGAUUUGCCUUGAUGGACAUCGGCUUCGACAUCAGCAUGUCCUUGACCCGGGCUUUUGUUUUAGAGGUGGUCCCUUCAUUUCAACACACACGUAUGCUAAUGGUGGCCACGAUUGCCCAGUCCCUGGCGGGGACAACAUUCUCAGGCAUCGGAUGCUUCGACUUUCCAGGGAUACUGGGUCCAAUCUUUCAAGUGGACGGCGUAGCAGCAACACUGCUGUGUUUCUGUGCCAUUCUAUUUGGCAUCAUUGUCCUCAGCUACUUGACCACCAUAUUUAGUGGACUUUUUAUCAGCCGCAAACAGCGUGUGAAAUACGAACAUUUGCGCCAAGGAACUAGGCCGGAAGUGAAGAGUCUAGCGAAUGGCAGGCAUCCAGCCAAAGCGAGGCGCAGGUUGGAGUUUCAUGACGAGCGCCGUCCUUACAAGCCGGAUAUUCUUCACACAGAGGUGAGGGACCCAGCGACCAGGCCACUAAUGCGUGACGAUAGCGUGAAGGGUUAUUCGUCAAUGUCUUCCACUUCUAUGGCGCUCUCCAGCUCCGGGACUCAGCCCACAGACGAUCGCCGGAAAGCUCAUAAUUCAAAAUUAACAUUUUCAAAAAACUGCCACAAGUCCGAGCACCGAGAACGUGAAUCCAGAAGUGAAGUCGGCGAUUCCAGCGUGGAUGCGAAAGAAAUUAUUGACAAAGCUGCAUCAUCAACACGUAAUUAUAUGCGUUCUCUAUCUCUGAAACACUCCCUUUCCUCGUCGCUAGCCCUCAUCCAAUCGCCUCUUGGAGAUUUUCACUCGCGGAAGCUAGCGGAAUUGCAAAGAGAAUCUAAAAACUUCGAAAAACAUAAUCUUAAAAAGAAGCCCUUAUUCCAUCGACGUUUGGUGAUUCUUUGCGUGGCAUGCUUCUUUUCCAUCGGGGCCAGUACCUGCAUCGUGGUGUACGCUGCUAACGUUUUGACCAUAAGUAUUUACGAAGGUGACCCAAUGGCGGAACUAGGUACUGAGGGCUACCUUAGAUACACUGAAGGACUUCGAAUGGCGGCCUUUGGUUUCCUAGUUAUGAAUAUCUCCAAUCUCAUCACAAGCUUAUGCAACCAGAUGAUCGUAAAUAUCUUAGGGGAACAGGUCUACUUUGUUGUGACUCAUUCUUUACUGCUGCUGACUCUGGUGACGCUGCUAGUGACUCAAACUGUUGAGGUGUACUUUAUUUUUAUGGUCGUGUACGGCAUGUUCCGGUCAACGAUCUACACACUGACCUUCGUGCUGGUCAACAAGUUUCACCAAGAAAAGUUCCAGCCCCACACAGAAGACUCACACAAGGACGUCGGCAAGUUGAUGACCAUGAUCGGGUUCCUCAUACCAUCUCAUUACAUGUUGGUGUCCAGCAUCAUGGGGCCUCUCAUGGACCUAACUGGCAACGUGUGGACACCUCUGUUGUACACCAUGGCGUCUGGCGCCCUAGGGCUCCUCAUAUUCUUAUCGCUUUUCUUCGUGAAAGCCAAACCGGCUUCAACGUUUAACUGAUAGCCCCAGAGGCAGAUCUAGUGAAUGUUUGCGAAGGGUUGCAAGGGUCUGCAGCGUUGGUGUUUCUGGUGAGGUUUUUUUAAACACAGUUAUCUCUAGACUGUUUUAUUUAUCGCUGACCGAUGCAGUAAAGAACUUACUAAAUGGACAACCUU